UAAACGUGACAUUGUUUCGACCUGUUCGCAACCUUUGGCAUCGCGCCCACAGAAAAUCGCUUGCACUUUGCGACAACUGACUGCUAGGCGCAGUCAGCAGUGGCACUUUCUGUUGCGCUACGAAGCGCGGCUAGUGCCUGUAUUCAUAAUCAUGGACAUGACCGAACUGGCAUCCGUCAAGGCUGCGCCGAAAGAGGCAGGCGACAAUGUGGACCGAACGGUGGGCCUUCCGUCUCCAUUCUUUUCCGUACCGGUCCCUGAUCCGGAAGCCAGCUACCGCAACUGGUACGCGGCCAAAAAGAGCGUUUCCGAGGGCCUGUUCGACGUGGCGCUGCUCUCGGCGAAUGGGGCGCAACUCAAGCAUGUGCUCCAGUUGGGACGAGGCUUCGAUUUCUACACACCCGUCCUGCUCCUGGUAUCACUCUCCAUUGGCUUGCAGGUUAUACAAAUGGGGCUUCUCGUGGUCGUUGGAUUCUUGGACCUCUCGAAAGAGUGCCACCAGAGACGCGUGGAGCUGCUCACCAAUGUGGCAACCGUCAUCGCAACCGUGGUGGCCAUGAUCAACGUUGUCGCGGCUUCCUUCAAUCUCAGGCACGAGGAUGGCGGGCCUCAGUCAUAGGCACUUCCCACCGCACGAAAGGCCCACGCUGUUUCAGUGAACGAACUAUGUUGCCACACUGCAGCAACCGACAUCGUUCUACUACGUGGACAUACGCGCAUGGCCUUCAUUGUUCGACUGUGCAUUAGUGCUUCGAAAACAGUGAGAGUGGGGCAAGGACUGUCCUUGUUGCUAUUUGUUUGCUGCUCUCAUAUACUGUCACUAUGCAGUAUCGACUCGCCAAGCGCUGUUGCCUUUUGUGCAGUAAAUCCUGUGUGUUGACUUUGGGGUCAAAGAGAUAGAUCAAAGCAAUCGAAGCAUUCUGUGCCAUCGCCAAUCUCUUUUUUUAACGUUGGCAACUUUCACAAACUGUGUUUUGUGCACUACGGCCUUUGAACGUACAAGCGGGCCACGUAAUGCGGCUUGCUUAGCUCUGUUCGUCGAAGUAGCCGCCGAGCUAAUGACAUGGCAUCUAGUACUCGUAUUUGAAAUGACGCAAAAUACACGAAUACUGCUAAUAAACGCCCUGCACGGGGCAAGCGCUUACUGUAUACGUCGAACCCACUCUGCUUCUUUCAUUUACUUUGUGUAAUUUUAUUUCGGCGUAACGUUUAGGAAAUACUCUAAGGUGCAAACAUAUGCCUAUAUAUGUCGCUAGCACUCUUUAUUUUCUUCGUUUUUCUAUAAUGAGCAAGUCAUAAAACCAGAGUCAUAUCGAAACCUAGAAUCUCUCUCACAACAAGCGCUAGUUACGAUGUUCUUUUCGUGAGGACCGGUGUCGGACCAUUGUUCGAUUGUGAGGACUUCUAGUGGGGAUCAUUGUCCUACUGAACUGCUGCGAAAUUUGCCUGUUUGAUUGUAAAACAUAAUAAAAGAAAUGACGAGACAA